CCCGUUUCGUGACAAUGCCAUUUGGGCCAAAAACAGUCUGAAAGGCGAGAGUGAGGGAUGUUCAAACUCUGCGUGCUCGCGGUCGUUCUUUUUAGAGCUCAUGCUACGGUCCUCUUCGCCAGCCUGGGCGACAAUGUGACCCUUCUUUGCUUCUUUGACUCAGAGGCCAACUAUCUGUCCUGGUACAAGCAGGUUGCAGGUGACAAACCCGAAAUCAUCCUCUCUUACUACGUCUACUUGGCCAAUUCCCACAGCCAUCAGAAAAUGGGGGUGGUCAGCGAGCGACUGACAGCUCACCAAGGAGCAAACUUCUUCCACCUAAACAUUUCUGGUGUGGAGCUCUCGGACACGGCUGUGUACUACUGUGGGCAGACUCAUCUCACCGUCACCAGCUUUGACAAUGGAAUAUUUUUGCUUGUGAAAGAAUCAAGCCGCCUAUCUGUUAGCCAGCGUCCAACAUCUAUCUCGGCAACUGAGGGGGGUUCUGCUGCCUUACAAUGCACCACGCACCCUGGAAUCAGCAACGGACAUCACAGGGUCUACUGGUUCCGAGAGGCCUCACGGGACUCCUGUUUGGGAAUGACGUACGUCCACUCGGAGAACAGCAGCAUGUGUGCGAAAGUGUCCGAGCGGCGCUGCGUUUACAUGCUGUCCAAGAAGGACGUCACCCUUGCCGACGCCGGGUUGUACUACUGCGCGGUGGCCUCCUGUGGGGAGAUAGUGUUUGGCGAGGGGACCAGGCUGGAUGUUGGAGGACAGACCCACACUUGGUUGACACCCUGCCUGAUUGCAGCUCUGCUUUUGUCCAUAUUCCUCAACAUCCUGCUCGCUCUUGUUUGCAAAAAGUCCAGAAGACAGCAGCUUCUGCAGGACGGAGCAAAUAUGCAGACAAGUGUCCUAGAAGACAAUGUGGAUGAUGAGAUUGGGGACGCUUUGCCAUACGUGACUCUGGACUUCAAAAAGAGACAGUCCAACAGCAGGAGACAGAGGAGCCCCGAGAACACCAUCUACACUGGAGUGAGACUCAAACAUGUGGACUGAUGUUUGCAAAGUCAUUAUUCUAUUAUUGUUCCUAACAUGGCUUUUGCACAAUGUGUGACAAAGGGCGGUACACAGAAAAUGUGAUCUGAAUUCACAUGUGAUCUCCUUUCUAAAUAUCAAAUAUUUUCAUGCUACUUGCAUAACAAACUCAAAAACAGCACAUUCGUGAGCAGGACGGCCAACACUUAUCAAUGUCUUUGUCCCUUAGUAAGCCUCGCUGGCCGGGACAAGUUGGCUCCACUGACCUUGCCUAGUGAGGAGAAGCUUUCGGUAAAAACAAUUAAUUGACUUUUCAUUUGACUUUGCAUUUUGUACUUGUAUAAAUGUAUUACAGAGCGAGCGAUCAUACCAUUUUGUUUACUGGAUAGAUUAUUUUGUCUUUUUAUUGAUUCUUAUAAAGAAAGUCCCUCAGAAAAUUAUU